AUGGAUGUGCAGCUGGCUUUAGAAGCGCUGGUGACUGUGAACGAGGAUCAUGUGCCCUACAUCCUCGAGUGGCCAGAUUUGUCUCAGAUGGAUGGAAAUGCAGAAGCUACAGUUCUGGUGGUUUUGAAGCGCCAGGCCGGUUUUCUUUUGGCCAUCCCUCAGGGUUUCAUUCCAGACGAUUUACUGGCGCGGGCAAACCGCGGAGAAGAUGCAGGGCCCAUUGGGGCCUCUACGGUCCUUCAGCUGCCAGGCGUCUUGGUGGAAGAUGGCAGACAGUCCCAAAUCGGCUCAGAUAUGAACGUCUUGGUGGUAGACGUGGAUGCUGGUUUGGCUCAGCGUUUGAGGGCCCAGACAGAGAGCGAGGAGAUUGCCUUUUUGUUCGAUGCCGAGAAUCCUUUUGCCAUCCCCUCUCCUUCUGCUCUUCUUCAGCAUGCAAUGGAGUGGGUAGAGAAUGCAGGCGCAGAGUCAGGUCUAGCCUUUUACUCAGCGGACGGCCAGGUGGAGGAGUUAGAAGAUGUGGAUGGGGAGGGCACCCCGCUCUCUCGGAGGUCAACACCGCCUCCAAAGCCUCGAAAGCCAAAGCCAGAGACUUCUACAAGAGGAGAAAAGCCAAAGCGGCCUACGACUGCCUCCCUGGCAGCGUCUCUGGACAGUCUUUUGCAGCUGGUGCCCAAUCUCUCCUCUCAGAUGCAAGACCUCUCAGAGCGGCAGCGUCAGUUGGAAGUGAAGUUGAAGACGCCGGCACGGGCUUCGACUUUUGGACUUUCUCAGCCCUUGGCCGCUACAGUAGCCCCAGCGAGCAUCUCUUCAGGGGCGAUGGCAAAAGUGGUAGCCACACCUCCUCCAAAGACCAGAAUGUCAUCUUCUGCGGGCAUGCUUCAGGGUGCUCUCUUCAAUCAACCGGCAGACUUACUCAGUUUGGAGGAGGAGAAGGGUGUCCAAUCUUCCUUGGCAGGAGACAGUUUAGCCCGAGCGGACCUUGCCCAGUCUCAGGCUUUGACAACGCUGGUAGGACAGAUUGCCAGCAAUACCUCCGACCCGCUGAUGGACUUGAGUUCGGGUGUGGGGCCUACAGCAAGCACUCGUGGUGCAGUGGGGAGGAAACGACUUCAGGCAGAACUUGCAUCUCACUCUGGGAGCUUCUAUGUCUCAGUCCUGAAAGCAAUGGCGCGCCGUAUGCAACCAACAACUCCUGCCUCGGGGACACCUUUGGAACUUUUGGAGAAGGGCAUCUGUGGAACCCGCUACAUGGAAAGAUUCGGAGGCUACGGGCGUCAGAGGGAUCUUGGCCUGAUUUUGUAUCAGAUUAUGGGUAUCAUGGACUUUCUCCAAUCCGAGAACAUUGGUGCUGUGAAGGACGGCCUUGCACUUCUGGCGGUGGCUUUAGAUCAGGCGGUGAUGGACGGGGGGAAAUUCGAUUUGGCCUCCCUUUUGACUUUGCAGGAGGAGCCCCCGGCCUCGAUCUAUGUGAACCGCCAGGCAUCUUCUCUCUCCCGGGCAAAGGCCUUCAGCCCACUUGCAGAUCAAAAAUGGAUCACAGUGGCACUGGCGUUUGUGAAAGAAUUAGAUGUGAUCACGGCAAAGAGGCAGGAAAUGAGUGUGGGCGGGGGAAACCCAAAGGCUUUGGGAUCAAGCUCAGAAGCAGGCCCAAAGGCAAAGCCUGCACCGAAAAAGAAGGGAAAGGCGGAGGAAAGGGAAAUCAGGGAGUUUCCCAGGCAGUUCAAGAGGUUUUCUUUUUCAUCUGCAGCCAAUGAAUUUCCUUCGGGAGGGCCGGAGCCAAACCUCCUGAAAGAUGAGAUGACCUUUGAUUCCUGGGCCAUAUGUUUGCCCAGAUGGAUCAUGAAGAGCCGCGCAGAUUUUGCAUGGCAUCUUCGAAGGUCUUUUGCAUGUGAUUUUUCUACGCCACAAACAUCAGCUUUGUCUACCACGGCUUUUCCUUUGCCUCUCUCAGCUUUGUCUUCAAAGGGGCAUGGAUUAUCUGGGCUCUCCAGGAGGAGGUUUUUGAAGCUUUGUCGUGCCAGAGUUUUGCAUGUGGUUGUGUUUGCUUUGAACUACAUGUACCUGGGGCGUUACCCUACCUUGGAAGAGCUUGGAAGGAGACCGACGGCUCUACAGUUUGACAUCAUUGCCAGACUUCGGUCUCUUGUAGCUGUGUGUGGAUCGUCAAGGGAGCCCUUUGCAAUUGCUCCUGGAAGAUCCGGUCCAAAAUUAGGUGCAGACAUUUUGCAGUUGGAGAAGUUCAUGCAUGAGUGUGGUGCAUUUCAAAGUGGUUACCUUGAGGGCAACGUUUCUUUCAAAGAUGACCCAGAACUUUUGACAGCAGAGGAGUACCCGCAGCUUGCUCCUUAUCGCUCCCUGGAUGCUGCGAGGCUCAAGCUGGUUGGUGAAGGCAGAUGGCCUAUGGAGAGCUUCAUUGAUAGCACGUUGUGGCUUCCCUUUUUGGAGCCUUCAUUUCUUUGGCAUGGACUCCCGGUCGAUGAAUCUUGUGGGCCAAAUUUUGCAUAUGAGUCAAGGAGUGAGUGUCUGAAGUUGGUGAAGGUGUGGGAUCGGAAUGGUCUUUUGAAGCUGUUUGAUCGACCUGCAGCUGAAGGGCUUUUCUGCCGUGUUUUCAACUGCUUCAAAUCUCUUGAGCAUGACCGUCAAAUUGGUGACAGGAGACGGGUCAACAUGGCUGAGAUGAGUUAUGAUGGACCGUCCAAACACCUACCUCCUGGCCCUUUGCUCUGCCAGAUGUCCUGCAAGAAAUUCAAGGAGAAGGUCGUCGCCUCCGUAACAGACAGGAGAGACUUCUAUCACCAGGCAAGAGUCAGCAAGGAGAGGGCCCAGACAAAUGUUUUGCCUUUCAGGUUUAGUAGGCAAGAGCUUGCGGAGACAAAGGCAUUGCAUGAGUUUGACAAUGAAGCAAAGGCGAAGUUGGUGAAGGAUCGUGAGAUUGUCGGAGAUCAUCUAGCAGGUGAGCGUUUCGCUGGAGCUGGAGAAGGUCAAAGCAAUGCCUCGCUGAGAAAGGGUGCAGUUGUGAGAGCUCCGAUUUCUGUCUCGCUUUGUGAAGAGCUUUGGCUGGACACGGAAAAGCGGGGUUCCCAUGUUUUGCUGGACAAUGGCUUUCGGCAGUGGUUGAGACAUCUCGGAGAGGAUCCAAUUUGCGAAGAGGAGCCCGUUUUGCCUCUUGUAACACCAAAAGCUUCACCACUCCUCUACUUUGAUUUUGUGGAAUUUUGUGGGGGAGUUGGAGCAGUUUCAGCAGCAGCAGUUGACAUGGGUUUGGUUGUAGCGCCGCCUUUGGACUUGAGCAAGUCAAAGCACUAUGAUUUAAGCGAUUUGCGGCUUUUGGAGUGGUCAAUCAUGAUGAUCGAAGAGGGGAGGUUCAGAUCUUUCCUCAUAGCCCCUCCUUGCACAACCUUUUCUCCUGCUGCUUUUCCGAACCUGCGGAGCUACCGUCAGCCUUAUGGAUAUUCCAGGCUACAUCCCAGAGUGCUCCAUGGAAACUGUCUUGCUUUUCGGUCUCUUAUUUUGCUUCGUGUUGGAAGAAGAUGCCGUAGGCCCUGUGGAGCAGAACAGCCUAGGAGAUCAAAAAUGAGAUGGUUGCGCGAAUGGAAAGCUUUGGUUGAGUCAGGGAGUUUUGAGGAGGCAGUCAUAGCAGCCUGCAAUUUUGGUUCGGUUCAUCAGAAGGAGUUUUGCUUCCUCAUUUUCUUGCUGUCAAAAGAUGCCCUGCAGAAGAAAUGCACACGUGAUCAUCAGCAUGUCAGAAUUCAGGGAGCUUUCACGAAGAAGUCAGCUGCCUAUACGCCUGAGCUUGGAAUUCACCUUGCCAAAGAAUUCAAGAGUGCCUUGCGUCGUGAAGCCAUUUUGGCUGACCAAGAAUUUUCAUGUGUUGGUUUGGAAUCUGUUGCCGUGAAUGAUUUUGUUCAAGUCAGCAAGUGGGACGUUGUGAGGAGUUGGUUUUGGAAGCGAGCUAGGCACAUCAAUGUCCUUGAGGUUUCCGCCGCCCUUCAUGGAAUUGAGAAGGAGGCGGUAAAAUAUCCUAGCUCUCGCUUUAUUUCCCUCCUUGACUCUUCUGUGGCCCGGGGAGCUUUGGCAAAAGGUCGUUCCACAUCCAGGAUGCUUCAACCUCUUCUCAGAAGAGCAGCUGUGAUUCAGUUGGGUUUCGACUUAUACCCUGUGUUCCCCUUUUGCCCUACACGGUUGAAUACAGCUGAUGAUCCUACAAGGGAUUGUGAGAUCCGUGAGCCUGUUCCUUUUUCAGUGUAUGGCCUCAGCGGAGUGGACUUUCGUCUCCUACACCGCACUGGACUUAAGCGGUUCGCGGCAAAUUGGUUGCGCCUUGUUUUGGUUGCCCUACAGUUCCAACGUAGUGAUGCUGCUCCUUCUGUUUCUGGUUCCAACGAGUUUGUUUGGCUUUGGACUUUCCGUGUCUUGCUGUCGUGGAUUUUGGAUUUUUCCUUCAGUCUCUCUGCAGUUGCACUGUCUGGACUCUGGAUUUUAUCAUCAAUCCUUCUUGUCUACUUCAUGCUGACAGGUCCAAAGCCCUCUCGCCUCUUCUGGAUUUUCUUCCUCUCGGUUUGGUCCCCCUGCACAGGAUCUAGAGGUGUAGCCGGCCGUUUUAUCCCGGUAGUUUCAGCCAUGGAGCCUAAUUCUGCUUUGGAGCGAAAACGUGCAGAACAACGAGCUCAUGUCGUUUUGGCUGGAGACAGGGUUGUGCUGGAUGUGUGCACAGCUGGCUUCGACGAUGUCCUACGCCCGGUCAUCUUUUUCGCCCAAAGUGGCAUUCCCUGUAAUGCAUGGUUUUAUCUACUGCAAGGAAGGACGGGCGGCUUAAGCGCGUGGAUUGGAUACACCGACUUGGAUCAAGACACACACUACAAGUGGAGUGACAACACGCAGGAUGACUUUUCGAACUUUGCCAAGAAUUGUACUGGUCGCGAAGACGAACCCGACUGCAAACCUGAAGAGCGGCAACAGCAAUGGUAUGACUGGGAAGGCCAUGACCGUGGCACCUUUAUUUGCAAACGGAAUGCCUUGUUGCCAGUUGCGCUGCUUCGGAAUACAUCAGCCAGGAGUUUGAUCACCAAGCAAUGGAGCGCGUUGUUGCCAGUCUUGGUGUCAAGUAUGGAAAGCAACGUCACCAAGAAGAAUGCCAUGCUCAAGGUGGAUGAGAUUGCAAAGCCUGUGACAUCAUCGAAGGAGGGCGCUGCGGCAUCUGCGAUGCCGGAGCCGCGCUUGGGAUUCUUCAAGGGCUCCUUGUUCUGA